AUGGAAACGCUCCCAAACACGGCGCACUUCCACCGCGUUCAUUCGGCGUUCGCUCUCAAAGAGACGGCGCUGAGGGAGGAGGCCGCCGUACCGGGAGCUGCCUGUAACCACGGCUCUGCGCAUGGUGUGAAGGAGCAGCGUCCUCCACACGAGCUCUUUCCUCCCUGCUGUGUGGCCACUUCCUCACUCACUCGAAGCUAA